CCUUUUUCAGGGUUAGAGGAGUUAUUUCGUUCUAAUGCGAACUUCUAUCCUGUUAGACUGGCAGCAGAGAUGGCGAAAAAGAUUGAUUUUAUCAUUUGUCAGUGCAAACCGAAUGCUCAGGACAAACAUUUUGAGUGCUUCUCAAAUUCGUUUUUCCGUGGUCCUGAUGGGCCUGAUAUGCCUGCACAUGUUCUUGAAGGCCGUGGUCAUUUUCUUUAUUACUUACGAGUAUCCCUCCCAACUCUGAUGUUGAACAACGGUGGUGCAAGAAUCUGGUGUGACUGGCUAACAUAUGAUCCGCACACAUCUGUGCAGUUUAUCGAGCCUGUGAUGAGCAUGAUUCGGAUAGCACUGGCCAACCUACCGUCAAAGGCCACUGCCAUGCUGGAAGCAUCUCGCUUAUUUACCCUGCUCUUACCGAACUGUUUGAGAAAGCUGCCAAUGAUGCUAUGCAAGCUGUUCAUGAGUAUUAUCAGGAAUGAGCCUUUCUGCCUCAAAUUUUGCCCCAGUGGUCUGCUUGCACUUCUCGACAAUCCCCGCAUCGAGCGCAGCUUUCAAGAACUAGUACGCGAGACGUUCUCAGACUAUUUUGCCCGAAAUACUGCUGCUCCACCACCGCUGAUCCCAUCUUCACUUGCGGCACCUAAGCUGACUGCACCUCCACAGCAACCGCCAGUGACAAGCCCUCACUCACUUCCCGCAACUACUACAGCCCCGGCUAAUUCUAACCACGCAAGGGUCGAGGACAAGAAGAAAAAUAAGGAAAACGAAAAGGAUGAUACGGAGCGGCUACCUGCUACUCGAACCAUUACUCGAUUCACAUAUAAGGUACUCCCAUUAUCUGCAGCAUCCCUGAGGAGGACAUCACAGCUGAUGUACCGGGCCGCGGUCAGUCUCAAGCGUAAAUCUGGAGGAACACAAACGUAUGCGAAGCCUGGACCUGUUUUUCCACCAUGUCUCACUGGUAGAGAGAAUCCUUUUGUGGAAAAUAUUGUCGAAGACGAAGCGGCAUUCUCAGAUAUCCUGAUGGAAUUAGAAGUUCCACAAGGUAACGUGUACGAAAGACGCGAGUUUCACGUUGAAACUCCCCUACGAGGAGUUCAGCCUCUUCCAUUGCCUAGAUCACUUCAUGAAUGCGCUGAGAACGGAAUCUUGCACAUUGACAGGGCAGCCCGUUUAAUUUUAUCGAAGAUGCAUCGCAAGGAGUUUAACGAAGCGGUCUAUUACGUGUUUAUCAGAUCCGAUAUCGUAUUACGCGCUAAAGUCACUUACGGCAGUUUGAAUUGCAUGGUAGGAUCGGACAUCCACUCGCUAUGGCAUAUUGCUAAUCGCAUGACAGUACGGCUGCACAUUCUGGGAUGUCAUAUAUGCUUUGACUUGCUCAACCUGAUUUAGGAUUGAUUCAAUUCAAUUCAUCCUGAUUCAAUCUAAUUUUUUCUUUUUGUGUUUUCUUUACAAGUACUGUUCAGUGUCUUCUCUUUAGUGUUUCAUCUUUCGUAAUAUAAU